UGACAGAGGACAUAUCGGUGAAAGACGAGCGAAAGACUGGAACUGAGAAGGAUAAAAACAAACAGCACAGAUAAAAGCAAUAAAUCAAACCAAGAGGACUGGAGCUGCAGGAUGGAUGGUUUAAUGAAACUAGGUGUCAUCAGGCGCUACUCAGAUGUGAUGACGAUGCCGGACUCUUUCAUUCAGUGCCAGCAGCUGGACGCCAGCAUGGCCGACACCUUCCUGGAGCAUCUCUGCCUGCUGGACAUCGACCAAGAGCCGAUCACAGCCCGCAACACCAGCAUAAUCUGCACCAUCGGCCCUGCCUCUCGAUCCAUCCCAAAGCUCCAGGAGAUGGUCAAGGCGGGGAUGAACAUUGCGCGUCUAAAUUUCUCUCAUGGAACUCAUGAAUACCACAGCGAGACCAUUAAAAACAUCAGAGAGGCAGUGGAGACCAUAACUUCUGACCCUUUGUAUUAUCGACCGGUCGCCAUCGCUCUGGACACGAAGGGCCCCGAGAUCCGCACCGGAUUGGUGAAGGGGAAAGUGGAAGAAGAGGUGGAGCUGGCGAAGGGCAGCCAUGUGCGAGUGGUGACCACAGAGAGUGACAAAGACAAGACCGAUGGGAAGAUAAUCUGGGUGGACUAUCCCAACUUGUCUAAAGUCCUGCAAAAGGGGAGCAGGAUCUACGUUGAUGAUGGGCUGCUUGCACUCAAAGUAUUAGAGAUAGGGUCUGACUGGGUGGACACGGUGGUGGAGGCCGGCGGGGUCCUCUGCAGCCGUAAAGGCGUCAACCUGCCCGGCUGCGACCUGAUCGGCAUGCAGGCGGUCAGCGAGCAGGACGAGGCCGACCUGAGGUUCGGGGUGUCUCAUGGCGUGGACAUCGUCUUCGCCAGCUUCAUCCGCUCGGCCCAGGACGUGAAGGACGUGCGUCGGGCCCUGGGGGCCCACGGUCGACACAUCAAAGUGAUCAGCAAGGUGGAAAGCAGACAGGGAGUUCAGAAUUUUGAGGAGAUCCUGGCGGAGAGCGAUGGCGUGAUGGUUGCCAGGGGUGACCUGGGGAUUGAGAUCCCUGCUGAGAAAGUCUUCAUUGCCCAGAAGAUGAUGAUUGGGCGCUGCAACUCUGCUGGAAAGCCCGUCAUUUGUGCCACACAGAUGCUGGAGAGCAUGGUUUCCCACGCGCGGCCGACCCGAGCAGAGAGCAGCGACGUGGCCAACGCUGUGCUCGACGGAGCCGACUGCGUGAUGUUAUCUGCGGAGACCGCCAAGGGACUCUUUCCUUUGGAGGCCGUGGCGAUGAUGCACUCGAUCUGCAGGGAGGCUGAGGCCGCCAUCUACCACCAGCAGCUGUUCGAGGAGCUGCGUCGGCUCACGCCUCUGUCGUCUGACCCAACAGAAGUCACUGCGAUUGGAGCUGUGGAGUCGUCCUUCAAAUGCUGCGCAGGGGCAAUUAUAGUCCUCACCACCAGUGGCAGGUCGGCACAUCUCCUGUCCAGGUACCGGCCUCGCUGUCCAAUCAUCGCCGUCACCAGAAGCCCUCAGGUGGCCCGUCAGUCCCAGCUGUUAAGAGGUGUAUUUCCUGCUCUUUUCCACCCUCUUCCUGCUCCUGUCUGGGCCGACGAUGUUGACAACAGGGUCAACUUUGGCAUGGAUAUAGGGAAGGCCAGAGGUUUCUUCAAGUCAGGAGACAUGGUGAUUGUGGUGACGGGCUGGAUCCCAGGGUCCGGUCACACCAACAUCAUGAGGGCCGUGAGCGUCCAGUAACCGGACUCUAGAUCUGACCCAGGAUCUGCCCUGGAAAGGCUUCAAGGAUCUAAUUGUUGAUGAAUGUGGUUAAAAAAUAAAUCUAAAUGCUGCCCCACUGUAUCUCUCUCUCAGGGGUAUUAUAAGGAAUAAGGCACUUCUGAGGCUGGUCUCAUGUAUGUUGAAUGACUCCAAAUUAAACAUGAAGCUUGACCUCCA